GCCUCUUGUUACGGCGCAUGCGCCGAAGGCCGUCCGGCGAUGGGAGGCUUGGUGGAGUGGAACGGAAAAGGCGUCUGCUUCCUCUGACGUCACGACGCCGGCCUCACGCAGGGACGUCGCGACGCCAGCGGGGGGUGCGCGCGGGCGCGCGCCGUGCGUGCUUACGUCAAGGCCCGGGGCGCAACGUCCUCUCUCUCUCUCUCUCUGUGUCUCUCUCUCUCUCCUGCUGCUGCCCCUCCGAAUGAAAGGGAAGGUCCCGGCCAGGGAGAGCUUGAGGAGAGACGCGGGUCCGGCGGCGACGCGGGCUCUUCCUUGCCCUCUCGUCUCUCGGAGCCGCCCUGAAUGCCAUGCUGGGGAGAAAUGAAGACUCCACUAUUCUUACCAAAGGCGCCGAGGCUUUCUCUAACCAGCUUUAUUCUGCAGAAGUUCUCAUGGUUAUUAAAUCCUUGUAAGGAAACUGUUUGCUACAAACAGAGUGGUGAUAUUUAGGAUCCUGGUCUGGUACCUGAUCUUGAAGUCAUCCCGAUAAGGGAUGUGAAAGAGCGGCUGAAGUGGAGAAAGUCAAAAACGCUAUUUGUACUUUGCAGUGCUGACAAGGACUAAAGGGGUUAUUAAUUAAGCAGUCUUUUCAAAAAUCAUGUCGGCAUCCGUUGGACAGAAAAAGGGGCCCGGGAGGCAGCGCAAGUGCGGCUUCUGCAGGUCCAACCGAGAUAACGAAUGUGGGCAGCUCCUGCUCUCAGAAAACCAGAAGGUGGCAGCACAUCAUAAAUGUAUGCUUUUUUCGUCUGCCUUGGUAUCGUCGCACUCUGAUAAUGAGAGCCUUGGGGGCUUUUCCAUCGAAGAUGUGCAGAAGGAAAUAAAAAGAGGUACCAAGCUGAAGUGCUCCUUAUGCCACUGUCCAGGGGCCACCAUUGGUUGCGAUGUGAAAACCUGCCACAAGACGUAUCACUAUUACUGUGCGUUGCAUGACAAAGCUCAGAUCCGAGAGAAACCGUCUCAAGGCAUUUACAUGAUAUUAUGUCGAAAACACAAGAAGGUGCCUCACAACUCAGAAGCAGAUUUAGAAGAAGGUCUAAAUGAACAAGAACUGGAGCCAUCUCCUCCGAAAAAGAGGGGGCGUAAAGGAAGGCCCAGAAAAAUGACUCUCAAAGGGCAGCCGGAAGAUGCACGGUCCACCUCUUCACAUGGCACCGAUGAUGUAGAAAGUAGUUCUUAUAGAGACCGAUCACCCCACAGAAGCAGUCCCAAUGAUACAAAACCUAAAUGUGGAUUCUGUCAUGCAGGUGAAGAAGAAAAUGAAGCUAGAGGGAAGCUUCAUAUAUUCAAUGCCAAAAAGGCGGCUGCACAUUACAAGUGUAUGUUGUUCUCUUCUGGUACUGUACAGCUGACCACAACGUCAAGGGCGGAGUUUGGGGACUUUGAUAUUAAGACUGUUCUCCAAGAAAUCAAACGGGGGAAGAGAAUGAAGUGUACACUUUGUAGUCAGUCGGGAGCUACUAUUGGAUGUGAAAUUAAAGCUUGCAUCAAGACCUAUCAUUACCACUGUGGAGUAGAAGACAAAGCAAAAUACAUUGAGAAUAUGUCACGAGGAAUUUACAAGCUUUACUGUAAAAACCAUAGUGGGAACGACGAACGAGAUGAAGAGGACGAAGAGCGAGAAAGCAGAAGCCGAGAGAAGUCGGUGGUCAACCAUCCUGGAGCGCCUCAGCAGCAGCAGCAGCAGCUCAAUGGAAACUAGGUUCAAGUAACAGAAUUAAGCUGGGAAUGAAUAAGACAUUCAUAACUACUAACCUUUGACUUUCUUUUUCAAUGCUUUAUAAAGUCAGAAGAGGGUUAGUAGCUUUUCUUUUUAACUGCCUGACUGUUAGAAAUGACAUUCAACUGCCCGAAACAUUCAAAUGUGUGAGCCUUCAAUGAGCAGCAGAGGUGGGGUUUUUUUUUACAUGUUGAUAUUCUAUGUAGUUAGUCUGCAGUGUCUGGAGGAAAAACAACUACACACCCCAAAACUCUAUAUAAAUGAGAGGUGACAUGAAAAGUGUCAAAACUGGGGCAGGCGUUGGGACAGCAAAAGCUGUUUUUAUUCUGGACUGAAUGAAAUCUCUUAAGAUUGGAAUAUGUUCAGUGGAUUUGUCGGCCAUGAUAUGUUCUGAAACUUAACUUGCCAAGUGGAUACGCGAAUGUGGUGAGAGCCAAGCUGCAAGUGAGGCAUUUGGCUUUUACCUUCGUGUACAAAGGAUGGAGGCAAACCAACAGGGAAGCUGCUAAAGCAAACUGUAGGAAGAAAAGAGAGAGAGAGGAUUCUACACUCCAGAAGGAUGUUUGACUUAGGUUAUUUCCGCAAUGAUGGUUUCUACUGCCUAGCAUCCCUCUCUGGAGACUUCAAGUUGCCAUCACCUAUAAGCUGUAAGCUUUGGUACUACAUGCCAAAAGGCUGUAGUUCAUUCUCUUCGUACACGCACGUACACACACCCUGGGCGCAUCCAUCUCUUAUUCUCUCCUCCUGGCUUCACAAACCAUCUGUGGCUAAUUACAACGGACGAGUGCUCAUUUCUGGAAGCUGCAAGACUUCCACCACCAUCACCACUUCAGAUUUCAAAAUGAUUCUUUUGCUAGGGAAUUUAGCCACCUCUUUUGGACAUUGUACCUCAAGUGCUCUGUGCUGCGUGGAACACAUCAUGUUUUGUCCAACAUGACUCCAGAUUUUUUGUUCAUUUUUUUAAAAGGUCAGUAUUUAUUUUGGGUCUUGUGACCACUAUAUGGGAAUGUUCUAGUAUCUGAUUAAGGUUUUCUGGCAAAUCAGCAAAUCAAAUGCUGUUAAAUCUACCCAAUGCUCUACUGGAGCCUAACUACCUUGAAAUUAUGCCAAGUCUUAAUAUUCCAGGUAUUCCGGCAUAGAAUUCUGGUUACCUUUAGUAGUAUCUUUUAUUGGUUUAGUUAAACCUAUUUUAAGCACAGUGAGGAAGUUAUACUUGUUAGCAGCUAAGAAAUUUACUCUAGACAUUAUUCUUAUCCCUUGAAUUUGAGGCCAAGCAGCAAAUGGAAUUGUGAUGAGAAUUGGAUGAAAAACUGCAACAACUCAAGUACAAACAUCUUUUCAUUAUAUGAUCUGUUUCUGAAGCCUUGUUUAAUUUCCUUUUUUUUAAUUUUAAAUCUUUUAUUGUCUCUUUUUUUAAUGUAUUUCAUUGUCUCGAGGGACUCAACUAUUGUGUAUAAGAACUUCAAAGACUUUCAAGUUGGAAUUCAAUCCAUUUGGGUUUGAAAAUUUCCCAGAAGAAUGCAGUUUUAGUAGAAAAGUUGUGUAUAAAAAAUAAAUCUGUUAACUGCUCUUACGCUAUUGACCUUUUUUUUAUUUUGUAUUGUAACUUUCAAGAUUAAAGGUGCAACUUGUACUGAAAUAGAGUUUUACCAGGCGCAAGUGGUCCU